CCAGUAGACUUUAAUCUGACCUAAGGUGUCCAGGACCAUGUACUUUUAUAACUGAAUCAUUCAUAACAAUCUACACAUCACUGCAUGAUUUGUGCAGGUGUAAACGGGUGAUUUAUGGUGUAUAAAGUUUAAUUGAUUUUCUUAUCAUAAAAGGAAGCAUCUACUGCAAGUUAUUUGCAUUUGUGCAAAAAGGAAAGUUGAAGAUGGAGGAGAAAGUAGAGCUUGAAGAAGUGGACAAAACUUUAUUAAAGAAGACAGAAACUAAGCCGGUGGGCAAGUAUGUGAGAAUAUUUCAACCCUGUAUUGCUGAGUUGGUGGGCACAAUGUUUUUUGUCUUUAUUGGCUGCGUGUCUGUCAUUGAGAAUGUGGAGUCGACAGGCAGACUUCAGCCAGCGCUGGUACAUGGAUUGGCAGUGGCUGUGUUGGUAGCAUGUAUGGCAGAAAUCAGUGGUUCACAUUUCAACCCUCCAUUCACCAUUGCUAUCUAUCUAUGUGGUGGAAUACCGAUGCCAAUGGUCGUUCCAUACCUUAUCAGUCAGCUUAUCGGAGGUGUACUUGGGGCCGCUAUGUCAAAGGUUAUGACAUCACAUGAGAACUUCGAGAAUGCCACUGGGGCAGCAUUUAAUAUUCUUCAAUCUGAUGACCAACUUGGGAAGGCUGUCUUUGCUGAAAUCGCUAUGACGUGUCUGAUCACUAUGGUGGUACUGCUGGGGGCAGUAAACGGAAAGAGCAAAAGCCCUAUGGUGCCGUUUAUGGUUGGCUGCACUGUUAUUAUUAACAUUCUAGCAGGAGGUGAUAUUUCUGGCACGUGUCUAAACCCUGCAAGAGCUUUUGGUCCUGCAUUGAUGACUAACUACUGGACUUAUCACUGGGUGUACUGGGUCGGUCCAAUAACGGGGUCUGUGGUGGCUGCUGCUCUCGUACGGCUUCUGCUUGGAGAUGAGAAGAUGCGAGUGAUACUAAAUUAAUAAAGGAUCAUUUUAACGUGUAAAAUUCCUCCUUCCAUGAGGUCAUCUAUAGUUUUAAAGGUCCUAGAUAUUCUAUAUUUCGAAAUUUUUUAAGUCACAGGAUCACUACCUGGUUUGUAUGAUACUGCAUAAACACUAAUGUCACCCAUAGCCAACAAAAAUUGUCGAUGUUUUCCAGUAGAUGUCAGUAAAGUACUUGGUUUUACACCUCA